UCCAUGUAAAGCGUUUUACUCCAGGAAAUUCCGGAGAUGUUGCUGGCACACAGCCCUGGGAUCAGAGCCUGCUGAGCCCAGAACUCCCUCUUCCCUGCUGGUGGCCCUGCCUGGGCACCGCCCCUCCUACCAUUAUUUCCCAGAGCCCAAGAGUGUAGCCACGCCUCUAGCCCACCCCACUAACAAGUAUAUAGCAGCCUCGCAGCACUGGCCUCCACAGUUUCCAGCCCUUCCUUCCUAGCCACGCCAUUCCCCCCUGGCCCAGGGGCAGUCCCCAGACACACCAUGCUGUCACCUGGCUUCACACUCGCCUUCCUCACCGUGAGGCUGGUGGUGGCUGCAGACUCAGAGGGCCCCGCCCACUGGAAGGAGCUGUCCCCUGCCUGUGGAGGUCCAGCCCAGUCCCCCAUCAACAUUGACCUUCAGCUGGUCCAGCGGGACCCCACCCUUGGAUCCUUCAUCUUCCAAGGCUACAACUCAGCACCUCCAGGCCCAUGGACCCUGGAGAAUGAUGGCCAUACAGUGCUACUCCGUGUGGACAAUGGCCCACAGAGCCGCCUGGAGAUGCGGGGUGCCGGGCUGCCACUGCCUGCCUACCGUGCACUGCAGCUGCAUUUCCACUGGGGGAGCCCUGGGCAAGCGGGCUCUGAGCACAGCCUGGACAGGCAGCGCUGCCCCAUGGAGAUGCACGUUGUCCACAUGAACACACGAUACCAGAGUAUGGGAGAGGCGCUACAUCACCCCGAUGGGCUGGCUGUGCUGGCCGUGCUGUUGGCGGAGCAGGACUCUGACAACGCCAAUUUCUCUGCCCUUGUGUCCAGCCUGAAGAACGUGUCUAUACGUGGGGUCUCGGUGCCUCUAGCGACCUUUCCGCUGGCCUCACUGCUGCCCGGCCCCUCCGGCCUCUCGCGCUACUACCGCUACUCUGGGUCGGUGACCACGCCCGGCUGCGAGCCCGCGGUGCUCUGGACUGUCUUCGAGGAUGCGGUACCCAUCGGGCGCGCGCAGGUGGCCCAGUUCCAGACUGUGCUCCAGACUGGGCAACCGGGCAGGCGCCUCGUGCCGCUCACCAAGAACUUCCGUCCACAGCAGCCUCUUGGAGGACGCAGGGUCUGGGCCUCCUGCGGAGCUUCCAUCCGAGCCACAGCCCCGCCCACUGCCUGUCCCCAGGCCCUCGCUGUGGGGGCUCUGCUGGGCCUGGAGCUCAGCCUGUUGCUUGGGCAGGGCCCCUAGGAUCCAGACUCAGACCCGUUUCCACAA